AUGUCAUCACCAAUUAAUAAACCAAACUUAUCCAUAAAAACACAACAGCAACAAUAUUCAAUCGAUCCAAUAAACGAAUCAUCAUUAUCGUCAUCAAUUCAUAAUGCAACUUUACAAGAUAUAGCCAUCGGAAUAAAUAGGAUUGAAAACAUUUUACUUGAUUUUACCAAGCAAAUGUCUUUACUUAAUGAAAACAUUUCUCAAAUAAUAAUAAACCAAUCACCACUAUCACCACUAUCACCACUUCCUCAACAAGUAUCAGAAACUACAUCAUCACCAUCAUCGAACCUUAAUGUACAUAAUAAAGAUAACCUUGUGCAUCAAGUUGACGUAUCACAAACUGAAGUCAGAAGAAAAACAAGCAUCAGAACUUAUAGGGAACCUGAUGCACUUGGUCAUUUAUCCUUACAAGUUGCUACAUUAUCUACAAAUGUGGCUCAAUUGCUUUCUCAACAGCAACAGCAACAGCAGAAGCAACGAGAUUUACAAAAUAUUGACAAGGAAUUGGAUGAUCCAAUCGAUAAAUUUGAAAAUAUGAGACUUAGACCAGAAUUACUCCGAGGAAUUUUAAAUUUUGGAGGAAUCCCACUGUUACUUAACGGAUUAGACGUUAUAGCGCAAACACAAAUAGGACAAGAGAAAAUAGCAACAUAUUCAAUAACGAUUUUACAAAACAUUGAAAUAUCAAAUUAUAAAUGUCAGGCCUUAAUAGUUACAUCAACAAUUGAAUCAGCGGAGCAGAUUUAUCAAUUCAUUCUCGGCGUAUCCAAUUUAAUGACAAACUUGGAAUGCUUUAUGUGUACUGGAGGAGCAAACAACGAUGAAGAUGUUAGAGAAAUAAUGAAAUUGAAACCACAUAUAAUUAUUGGUACUUGGAAUCGAAUAUAUGAUUUGGUUAAUUUGAAAUCAAUUGAUUUAUCUUAUCUAAAGAUCUUUGUAAUCGAUGAAUUAGACAUGCUGAUUCAACAAGGAUUUAAAGAUCAAGCAAUUGAGAUCAGACAACAAUUGCCAUUCACGACUAUUUUACAAACAUUAUUGUUUGCAUCAAAUAUUACAUCAGAAAUGAUGGAUUUUAGUAAUGUGUUGAAAAUGAGAGAACCAAUCAAGAUGUUGGUUAGGAAAUCAAAUGAUCAAAAAUUAUUAAGUUCACCACCAUUAACAUCAAUACCAUUAUCACUACCAUUACCAUCAUCGCCACCGCCACCUCCGCCAAAAUCAUCAUCUACUUCUAUUAAUAACACUAAUAAUAAUAAUAAUAAUAAUUUAAAUGUUAGUGCCAGUAACUUUAAUAAUAAAAGAAUUUCCAAAGUUAUUAUAAAUGCUCCUCCUAUUACAAAUAGCAAGAUCAAUAACAACAAUAAUAAUAUUAUAUCAUCGACAGUGAAUAAACUCAAGAAUAAUAAUAAUUUACAAAGUUUACAGAAAUUACAUGAACAACAAAGGAAAUAUAAUGAAAUGAAAAUAUCUAUAAAACAAUAUUAUCGUUAUAUAGCAAUGGAUAAGGGUGAUUGGAAAUUGGAGACGUUAAAUGAUUUUUUUGAUGACAUUAAAAACCUUCAAACAAUAAUUUAUUGUAAUAAAGAGAAAACAAUUGAAAAAAUAUGUUAUAAAUUGGCAUUAAAAAAUUUGGAAACUCAUGAAGAAAUGGCGUCAACACAACGUGAAUCUAUUUUAACAAAGUUUUUAACAAACAAAGUUCGAAUAUUAGUUACAACUUGUGUACUAAUACAAGGGAAUGAUAUAUGUGAAUUUAUACCUUUGAUAAUAAAUUAUGACUUGCCAGCUUCGCCUGAAAUUUAUGGGCAAAGAAUUUCAUGUGCAUCAUCUAAUACUAAACAAGGCAUAGUGAUUUCAAUUAUUAACUCGAGAUCAAAAGAAAUGGGAAAGUUGAGAAAUAUUGAAGAAUUUUAUAAAUUUAAAAUGCUUGAAAUGCCUGAUAACUU